UGAUUCACAUGGACAAACAUAAGCUUAAUCUCCGUAUAAUUGUUUAUUUGGAUAAAAUGCGACCACCCUUGAUUUUACACUUUGAAUCCUAUGUCAUUGUUCUUAGAUUGGUGAGAGACAGGCAUAACUAAUCACGUUUUUUAUUUCAUGCUUUUGAUUAAACUAUGUAUUAGUAGAUCUUAAGAUUUUUUUGUUUUUUUGCAUUAGUUCAAAUCAACGUCUAUAAAACAUCCCUUGAUUCCCAAUCUUGACAACAUCAACUUUGCUUUCUUUCAAAGGAGUUUUGUCAUAGAACCAGAACAGGAAGUGAGCCAACAUUUUUACAAAUUCUGUCAAAGAUGGCAGGAAAAGGCUUUCUGGGGAUUAUUGUCGUUGGUCUUUUAGCAUUUAUAGGCUCAACUAAUGCUCAAUUACAGAUGAAUUUUUAUGCUCAGAGCUGUCCUAAAGCUGAGAAGAUUGUGCAAGACUAUGUUAAAGAGCACAUCCCUAAUGCCCCAUCGUUGGCGGCCUCCUUCAUCCGAAUGCACUUCCACGAUUGCUUUGUCAGGGGCUGUGAUGCAUCUCUGCUUCUAAACGUCACCUCCGGGGAAAAGAAUGCUGUUCCAAAUCAAACAAUCAGGGGUUUUGAUUUCAUUGAUAGAGUGAAGAGCCUCAUUGAAGCUGAAUGCCCUGGCAUUGUCUCUUGUGCUGAUAUCCUUACUUUGAUUGCAAGGGACUCUGUUGUAACCAUAGGAGGUCCAUUUUGGAAAGUUCCAACAGGACGAAGAGAUGGGGUGAUCUCAAAUGUCACUGAAGCAAAUAACAACAUUCCAGGACCAUUCAACAACUUCACUACCCUCCUUAGACUCUUCAAUAACCAAGGACUUGAUGCAACGGACUUGGUUCUGCUAUCUGGUGCUCACACCAUUGGCUUAUCUCAUUGCCCAGCGUUUUCACGCCGAUUGUACAAUUCCACCGGCCCCGGUGGCGUCGACCCAACGCUUGACGGUGAAUACGCAGCCAAUCUCAAGGCAAACAAGUGCAAAACACCCAAUGACAACACCACAAAAGUUGAGAUGGACCCUGGAAGUCGUAACACCUUUGAUCUUAGCUACUACACUCUCUUAACCAAAAGAAGGGGCCUUUUCCAAUCCGAUGCUGCCCUAACUACAAACUCAACUAGCUUGGUUCUCAUCAAACAACUCCUUUCCAGUCCCCAAAAAUUUUUCUAUGAUGAGUUUGCCAAGUCUAUGGAGAAAAUGGGUCGGAUUAAUGUUAAGACAGGAUCAGCAGGCCAGAUUAGGAAGCAAUGUGCAUUUGUCAACAGUUAAAAAGAGUUUUGCUUUUGCUUUUUCUUUCUUUUUCUUUGUUUUAGUAACAUUUUAUUUAUUCAUGUAGGACUGUGGUGAAGGGAAUAAAGCAGCUGAAGAGAACUUCUUUUGGUUCCUUCAAACCUAUAGGAAUUUCAUUGGUGUGGGUUAAUUUGGUACUCUUUUGUUCUGUAUGUGGGCAGUCAUCAUUGUCAUGUUGAUAAUAAUUGAGCUCACAUUAUUUUUCUUUAUUUUUCCUGUUCUUUUUUGUAAUUGAGCUCAAUACAUUCACAUCUUCAUCUAUUAUAUUGGAUUGUUGAAUAAUUAAUAUUAAUAAUUAAUUUGCUUUAACAUAAUAAUUGAGAUCAAUACACAAUAAUUAAUAAUAUUGGGUGUUUUUUAAGAAAAAGUUUACUCGCGUGAUCUUCCUUCAUGUCAAACAUUGUUGGCUAGCUGCUAAUUGAAGAACGGCAGCAAUAUAAUGAUAGUUAAUCGUCGUCCCAGCGUUAUAGCGUGUGCAAUGCAAACGUGCAAGAGAAGCUUGGUCCCCUCUAUCUAUGGCGCUAGGUAACUUGCGUUAAAGCAUCGAUGGCUGUGUCCUGGUUCAUUGUCGGCAGGCAGGUGUAAUUUUUAAUUUCUCAUACAGAUAGAUACCUUCAACUGGAUUUUUGUUUCUUUUUCUAACUUUGAAUCAGCUGUAAUCUUGAAGGCUGAGGUGCAUGUAUUCCAUUUUGUUAGGCUUGCUUGGGAAAAAGUAGUUUUUGGAUAAGUUUCGAUGGAGU